AUGGACGCGCAGUUUGUCGUGACGCACUCCGUGGACACGACCGCCAUAUGGCGGUUGGAUCGACUGUGGCAGGUUGCAGAAACUGCUGCCUUGGGCCACAAGAAGGAUCCAAGAAAGCUCAUCGAUCGCAUGGAGACGAUGGAGAACAAGUCGCGGCUAUCGGAGUGCAGGGCCGAGCUGUGGCUGAAGAACUCGGAAGGUAUGUAUCCUGUCCGCCGGGACAAAGCCCAAGCUUUUGUCGCGACGGUGGGUGAGUACCUUCCAGGACGGCGAAGCCCCGAAUACCGUCCUGACGAUCGCAACGGCGGCGUUGUCCUAAAGAUGGACAGCAGUGGGUUGUUGAUUCUCACCGUCGCACGUGGUCCCGAAAUUGACGUGUACGCGAUCUUGCCUCACACCUUGGACGUGGUGCCAGUGACGGUGGACGAUACGUUCAGCCUCGACUCCUCCCUGGAACUGGUGUUCCCGGAGGUCGGCGGCCGCUUCCGAGGACUUCGGGCACGACUGGAGCAGCCGGAUAGCACCACAACGUCUUACAGCGGGAACGAUGUGCAGGAAAACAAAGAUUCCCCGCCUCCAAAUUCGAGAAGUUCGGAUCAUCUAAGCUCAACGCCCCCAGGUCAAAAAUCACUUGGCAGCACGCCGCCAAGCUCCGUCCAGGACGGCCCUCCUUCCCAGCCGAGGCCGAAGUCCAAGGCCGGCAUUGGCCAGCACCAGGUCCGCACCCCGCGAGGUGCCAGCCUCCACAGUACGAAUAUCGGAAGAGGAGGCUUGGCCCAUCAGAUCUCGUCGCGAGGUACGGCUACAUCAGCGUCUCCGAGCCGCGUGCAAGUCUCUCGCGUGGGCGUUCGGCCAGGGUUUCAAAACGACGGUCGGCCUGCUGUUGGCGUUCGAACAUCGGACAAGCCGCGGCCGCUCGCCAGCCAAGGACGUCGCAAUGAAUCGGCAUCAACGCUAGGCGUGAGAGUGUCUGAAAGGCUUUUGAACUCUCCGACAGAUACUCGUCCAAGCACCGUAAGCACGGGGCCCACGGCAAGCAGGAUCCGCCAGACCGCAGUUCGCAACGAUGGCAAUCGCCCGGUCGCAAACCUCUCGGGCAGCAGUCCCACGAGCCAGACAAGCCAUGCUAGCGGCGCAUCGAAAACGGUGCGUCGAGAUGUGAAGCCAUUGCUGAAGGCGGCAACAUCGGAAGGAGUGCGGCUGCGCAACCGCUCCAUUUCCACUGACAAUGUUGACCGCCGUGGCCAGGCCGUGUCGCCGAAACUGGUGGAAACACCUCCGCGGCCAGAGUCCAUUGAGCCCGUUCACAAAGCAAGCGCAACUAGUGCAACGGUGCAGACCAGCUACGUUGCCUCCCCCCAGAAAUCUUAUGCCGUGCCGGUGAACCAGCCACGAGUUCAAGGUCUCUCCUCGUGGCCAAGCGUUUGGGUGCCACAGGUGAUUCCAGCAGUGCCGGCAGUGCCAGUGCAGGUUCCGAUUUCAAUGGUGAGCCGCAGCUCCAUGGGACGACACCUCCUGUAUCCGAAAAUGAGCUUCUCCACUGUGGCAAUGGCCUAUCCCGGCGCCACCACUCACGGUCACGCACGAAUGGCUUUGAAUCGCUGGCCGGUGGCGCGCUGA